AUGGCAUCGGCUGAAACAGCUAAAGAUGAACAAACAUUUCCUUGUCGUAUAUGUACGCGAAGAUUCAUAAAAUCAAGCUUGGAGAAACACGAACAAGCAUGCAAAAAAUUAACAAAAAUGCAACGCAAAGUUUUCGACUCGGGUAAACAAAGAGCAUUAAAUUCAGAUAUACCCAUUAAUGAUGUAAGAAAAGUGCAGAAGGAGCGAGAGAAGAUGGGUGGUGUCUUUCCAAGACCUCAAACAAAUUGGCGUGAACGACAUGAAGAAUUUAUUGGUGCCGUGAGUGCUUCUAAGCAAGUCGGGAAUGCAUUGAAAACGGGUGCCCCUCUACCUCCUCCUCCCAAAACUGCUUCUAAUGCAGGUAAGUUUAAUAAAACUAAAAAUUCUAAAAAUAAAUUUAAAGAUUAUAUUAAAUGUGAUUUUUGUGGGAGAAGUUUUAACAAAAAUGCAGCUGAGAGACAUAUUGAAUUUUGUAAGGAACAGAAUGUUAGGAAAGCUAUUUUGUCAAAACAGGGAAGACAAAAAACUUCUGAAUCUGUUAAAAGUCGUCCAAAAACAAGGUCUUCAUUGACUUCAUCCUCGGCUACCUCAUCCGGUUCCUCUCAUUAUGGUCAAUCAGAUAAAGCUGUCUUAACUAACUCAAAAUCGACACAUGCACCUAUUCAAAGUUCGUAUGCUAAUCAACGAAGGCCUAGUGAGAAUAACUGCUAG